GAACAUUUGAAAUCAACGGUGAAGUCCUGGACUAGUAAAAGAUGAAGACAACAGCACUGACCAUUUUUGCAUUCCUGCUGCUGCAUGAAGUUUGUGUGAACUCCGCUUCACCUGCUUCUCUUCCAACGAAUCUGAAGGAGAUCGUGCAGGCGCCAAAAAAUGCCAUCCCAGACUCAGUCCUCAACCCCAGCCUUCAGGAUGUCGUCCCCCCACUGGCCCCCGCCUCCAGCCUGCAGGCGUUGAAGACCCCGACUGAGCCGCACUCUGCCCCUUCCCAGUCCCUGUUUGGUGACAAUGUAAACCUGCAGUGGCUUCCCUGGAAUGGCUCCCUUCCCAAUGGAGCGGUGGGCAUCUGGAACGGCUACACUUCCCGCGCGGACUACGUGUGCAAAUUCAACUGUGAGGCCGGCUUCUACCACCCGAGUAAAGGCCCAUACUGUCUGUACCCCUACGCUGAUAAAGAGUAUUAUGCGACCACCUUCGAUGUUCUGGUUAACCAGGACAAUUUUGAGUUUGUAGAGUGGCUGUCGGGAUCGUACGGGUCCGUUCCCGAGACAGGCGUCAAAACCUGUGGAGGUGCUGGCAUCUAUGUGGGGAAGAACAAGUACGGUUUAGGAAAGGUGGUCCCAAUCCACGAAGCCUUCUUCUUGCCAUGGGAGGGUAAGGAGUACUGGUACAAGAGCUACCAGGUGCUCGCAAUCAACCGGGAAUCCUACAGUCAGCACAUCUCUCACGUCGAGUACGGCAUCGAUCAGAUCAAGCUCUUUCACUAUCCCCCCGAAACCAUGCGCUUGUCUACAGUGGUCAACAACGAGUGCCAAACCGUGAAGAAGACGGUCCAUUUAGAGAAGACAAGCGAGGUGGAGACAACCUGGGACAUCGGCCGUUCCACCAUGCGUGGGAUAUCAUCGAGCAUCAGCGCCAAGAUCCCUUUGAUUGGCACCGCAUCUGUGGACUUCACCAAAGAGAAGACGUUCACGUUCAGUCGCGGCACCACGCAGGUUGAGUCCAUAAGCCACUCGGUCUCCAUUGAGGUAGCUGCGCCUCCUAACCACUCCUGCACUGUGAAGAUGGAAGGCAAGAAGAUCACCGCUGACAUUCCUUUCACUGCCAGACUGAGCCGCACUUACUCAAACGGCGAAACUCAGUGGACCACCAUAGUGGGCAAAUACGACGGGGUGCAGAUCGGAGAGAUGAAGGCCGUGGUGGAGCGCUGCGAGCCCAUCGCCGAUGCCAAGCCUUGUCCAUCUGCAUAA